UGAAAGUCAUGUAAACAUACCAAAAUUAGACAUUGGAAGAAUACUUAACAACCCGUGUUACAAUUUUCAUCAUUCUUUUUAACUACACUAAGCCAGAAAAACAUGACCAUCAUAAAAUCACUUUUCCAUCGACAAAAGAAACGAAAUUGUUCUCGGCAUGGGCAUAGCGGGAUGGAACGGCCAAAUUGUACUGAAACCGCGAACUCGUAGUCAAAGCCAUGUUUUUCGACAGGAGAGUUACAGCACGAUCGAAGAUCCUCUCCUUGAAGAUGCACAAAUGUAUAUUGGAGAAAACUUCACCGUCAAACAUGGAAAUCUUUUUAAUCUUCGCCGUAAAGUUUGCACGGAAACACACUCUGGUGUGGUAUUUACCGAACUCAGACAACUGAAACCGGUUUCGCAAAUGUCCUUGUCAAAAGGAGCUAAACGAAUGUCAACAUGUCCCAACGCCGGGGGUAGCUCAGAAAAGAGUGAAAUUCUAAGUUUUGAGCUCCUUCGGCGCUGUUUUGGAGCCGAUCUGCAGAAAACCGAAAUGGAAGUGCAGUAUUUUCCCGAAGGUGGCUCCAUAACCGAUUAUACGUGUAUGAUGUUUAGCACUAAAGUAGGUGUUUCUGUGACAAGGGCCAUGAAAUAUCAAGGAGAUUUCACGGUAGAAGAUGCUCAGAGACUGCUCAACAAAAAGCUUAGUGGAGUCCUAAGGUCCACUAAAAACACCAUGGAGAAAUGGAGCAAACAGAUUUUGCACGUCUGGGCAACCUCUGUGGCAGUCUCUGUCCUAAUUGCUGAAGCGUAUAAUUUAAUACCCAAGGACUUAAAAUCAAACACUGUUGUCUUAGUUACAGUGACGGAAAAUAACGAAGUUUUUUCAAACUAAUAAUUUCAGACUCGAUUUGAAUUGUGUCGAUAGUGGUCAUUGUUUAACGCAUGAAGUUUGUAAAUAAUCUUUUUAAUAGAAUUGAACCGAUGUAAGAUAAUCUUCAC